AGUGAUGGUCACGAAUACCCUGAUAGGUGGCCCUCAAUGCGCCUGUGGAAAAUUACCUUCGCUGACGUAUGGAGGCUACUCGAGAGGAUCUGUCGCUCUGUUUUGGACGCCGAAUAACUUAGAUAGGAGGACGUUACCGGUUAAGAUGAGCGUGGAAGUGGAAAGAAAGUUUUUAUGCAGUGAUGGCACCCUGAAAAUACUGGAGGAGAUCGCAGUUUGUAUGGGACAGCAGCAGUUUCAUGACCAGUAUUUUGACACCCCCGAGUUUGAGCUGACUUUGAGAGACAUGUGGCUGCGUAAACGAAAAGGUUGCUGGGAGCUCAAGUGCCCUACAGCAACAGUCAAUGGGACGGAGGACCGGAGUGCAGAACAAUCUCUGGCUGCAGCGCUGUGUACUCAUUACAAGGAGAUAACCAAUCUGCCUGAAAUUCAACAGAGAGUGGAGGAGGUUUUCAAGAAGACUUGUGAGGACAGAGAGUCAGAGACGGCCCCCUCGCUGGGAGAUGAGUCCUGGCUUUGUAGAAUGAAUCUGGUUUGCUUUGCAGAGUAUGUGACAGUGCGGCGGUCAUUCACUUUGGGGGACGAGGGGGUCCAAAUAGAUCUGGACCAAGCUGACUUUGGAUAUCAUGUGGGAGAGAUAGAAGUCCUCAUUCCAGAGGGAGGAGAUGUACAGUCUGCACAGGAGAAGAUUAGAAAUGCAGCUCACAAGCUGGGACUCAGCGAACAUGAGCGGGUUGAGGGAAAAAUGAAUGUUUACCUUAAAAGAUAUCAGCCGGAGCACUAUGCCAAGCUACUUAGUGCUCAUGUUUUGUAAGAGCUGCUAUACUUGAUCGGUAAUGCUAACCGUUUAAACGUUUUUAGAAUGAUAUACAAAACUGAACUAUUGUAUAUUAGCCAGGUCGAAUAGAUUUUAAUGAAAUUUAGCAGCGUAUGGUAAAAAUUCUCCAAGCGUGCUGGGUCUUUAAAAAGCCUUUAAUCUGUACAAAAGAACAAUUGGUCUGAAUAAAUCUGACAUGCUUGGUGCUACACUGCUGCUAUCAUGCUGCCACUUGAAAUUUUUGAGGACUCCCUUCCUCAGCAAGGUAUUACAGGUUGUCUGGAUUCAGCACACAUACACUCAUGUCCUGCUGCAAGAUAGACCACUUAAAAAAACAGCUGCUCACUGACAUUGAAAACAUGUGGUAAAAGUUCUCAACACUAUUGGAAAUUAGACAAAUGACACGAUAAUAAUGGCAUCCUGUUUCACACACAAAUGAAGAUUUUUGCUGAAGUGUGAGUGGAAUAUUCAAUCUGAUUUUAUGGAAAUAUCUGGGCACUUUGCAGCUAUGAAAGCCAGUAUAUUGCAACAUUGAGGGCCACGACAUAAUGGAGCUCGUUUGCUGGGGCUUUUCAACCACCUAAACUAAUUUCUAUUCUACUCAUCUAUUUUCUUGUUGUGCUUUGAUCAUAGUGUACCGAAAACAAUGUUACUUGUCAUAUGUAUUGCUGCAUUACUUAAUGUAGUUUAUUCACUGUAUACAUUCAGUAAACCUACAGCCCUAAUGCCUAAGACGUUCAAUUAAUUUCUAAGCCAGGG